GCAAGGUCGAGACGCGCCGUUUACUCGGCAGUUACACUCAUAACAGGUGGAGUCGUUACCGUAUCUACUUAACAUAAAAAUCCCGUGAUUUUGGUUAAUUAGCAGCAAUAAAAAAUCCGCGCAAUUUCGGGAAUGUGAAGUUUUUGUGCCACUUUGUUUGAGUUUUGACGAUCGGCGUGCGUCCCACUUUUAUAUGGUCCCGAUUUCGGUGAAAUGUGAUUACGCCAAAGGUAUUUGUGUGGUGUUAACCGGUAACACCGUCAAGUGGAAAAUGCCCUCCGAUGUCGUUUCUUUGGUCACCACUGGACUAGGAGUCAGCGUUUUAGCUGGAAUAUUGUCUGGAAUUUGUUACGUUUGGGCGCAUGGGAUUAGAACGAGAGAAAGAAUUCGCAAAAAGAACCAACCGGAUUGGUACUGUGAAAUUUGCGGUACUUACGUCAAGCCUACCUCAAGCAUCCUAAAAGACUCAACCGCAUUUGUGAAAUGUUCGAAAUGCGGAUCCAAUGUGUGCAAAACGAAAUGUGCCAAAUUUAUCCAGCAAGCCCAAUGGAUCUGCACGGAUUGUUUGAAACCUACCCAAUCAUGGUUCCAGGGCUUAUUACGCGCAAUUCAACCUAAUGAUACGCCAGUGUAUAAUUUUGGCAGAAUGUUGCACCCAGAGCUGCAACCAUGUCCAGAAAUUGAUGCCCUGAGAAAGUUGGAAAAAGAGCAAGUGAGAGAUUUCAUAGAGAAACUCGUCAAUGUAAUGCUAGGAGAAAAUGUUGAUAAUGCCAGUGUAUCAAUGUUGUGCAACGAUAAUAAUUAUUUGCCAGCUACUGGCCAAUCACCAUGCACAGCUCACGCAGCCUUAAAACAGCUAAUCGAAAAACUCCUGAAAGAAGCAGUGAAUUUGCCUCUAUUGGAAAAAGCUCACGCACAUCCAGCAAUACCCUCUGAAGAAACCACCAAUAAAACGUACGAGGACCUUUUAGCAACGGCAAUAAUUAAUAAGGUAAUAACUUCUUGCCAAAACAACCUUCCCUCCUCAUCGGCUAACAGUGUAUCCUCGUCAUCGAGAAAUAAGGACGGCAAAGAGUACUUUUUCGGUGAAGAAACUUUGGAUACAAAAUGGAAAAACACUGAUUUAGAUACCACGUCUGUAUCUAGUUUGGAGGAGUGGCUACAAAGCAGCGACAACAGUUUCGGAUCGAGGAAAUAUGUGGAUAAAGUUACACUAAUGAUAAAACAAGACAUCGAAGAAGUCGAAAAUGUUGAUUCGGAAAACGAAGAAGACGAUGAUGCCGAAUAUUUCCGAUCGAGUUCCUCAUUACUCGACGACAACGAAUCGAAUUGGUUUUUACAGAAACGUCAUUUUCAAGGUACAGCUUCGCCUGUGCCGGUACCCAUGCUAGUACCGAACCCAUCAUCUGAGGCAAAGGUUUUGAUUGGGGAUAAACCAUUAGACGACACCUCAGAUCUAUCCGACGUCGGAUCAGAUAUUGAGGAAUCGGUCCAGCCUCAAACCGCCCAAACGUUACUAAUUCAAUCUAAAAAUCUUAUUGGAGGUGCUACGGGAGCUAAUCAAAAUUACGAAAAUGCAGACGUUCAAAGUGAAUCUUCUACAGAUUCAGGAGUGAAGGAGAUGAAUGGCAAUGCGCAAAAGUCUUUCGAUCUUUUAGGGGAUUCGAUUGGGAAAACUGAUAUAUCCAUAGAUGAUGACAAUGUUGAAGAUUCAUCAUUUAUUUCGGUCUACAGCAACACGGAAAAAGAAGCAGAAUACACGGAGAGGUACGCAUCGUUGCCCAGGCAAAUACUUAAACCUUCUACACCACAAAACUCUAAAGUUGCUUUAGAAAAUGAAGACGACAUUCUAGAAGAUACUAGCGAUUUCGAGUUCAUAGGUGGCACUUACAGUAAAAAGGAAAAAGAGAAGUGGACCCAUGCAGUUGAAAUGAAAAAUAAUCCUUAUUCGAAAGAAAAUAUUGAGAAGAGGAUGAAAAAGUCGAAUAGUUCAAUAGGAUCCAUAUUUGGCCCAGAUUACUAUGCCAGACUGGCAGGCAAACCUUCGGGAGGUGGUAAAGCAUCGUCUGAGAUAAACGGUGUGAGCUGGCCUCCACCACACCAAACCGACUAUACCAGAUCGGAAACGCCUAGCCCACUUCCGGAGUUACCCAAAUCAGCACCUCCAUCCAAAGAACUUAUUUUAGAACAUCCAAAAACAACCCAGUUUUCACCAUCCAGAGACUUAAUUCUCGACAUUCCACCGGAACCACCCAAAACAGCUCCACCACCGUUCAUCAUAGAAACUGAUGGUAUCCAUCAAGCAGUAAAAGCUUUGGUAACCCCCGAAGAAGAUCACAUCAUGCCUCAUAAAGCACUGGAGCAAGUUCAUAAAGUCGAAAGUUACUCGGUGCAAUUGAGCACUGCCGAAGUAACUUCGGAAUCCGAUACGAGUUUUGUAAACUUUUACGACGUGGAACACGGACAAGUGAUGAAAAAAACUAAAAACGAAGAUGUCCAUCAAAUACCCAUUAAACCACAACCUCCAGUAGCCAGACCGCGUGUUUUAGGUGGAGAAAGUAAAAAAUACGAAAAAGCUUCUUCCAAAAAUAUGCAACGCAAUAAUUCUCCCAUAGAACGACCAAUUUUGAGAAGGCAUUUAAGCGAAUCUAGUCUCUUGGAUGAUUCUGUUGAUGCUCACCCUAAAGCAUUACAUCAGAAAAAGGACAACACUUUGAUUUCUAAAAUUUACAAAGACCCUAAAAUUAGAUUGUUUGCUUUAAACAGCCGAGAAGGCGUGAUUCAUGGAGACAAGCAAUACCUAAGUCAAAAAAGUCUUGAUUCAAAAAUAUCCUUAGGUACCAGUGCUAGUGACGAUGGAUUAACAUCGGAAUACGAGUCUGGAAAAACUGGUAAAAUGUCGUUUUUUAGCUCAGAAGAAGACUUACUCUCACUAAAUUCUGAAGUUAGUUUUGUGGCUACCAAAAAUGGUGAUGUUAAAUUGAACGAAUCAGAACAUAGAAACAUUAGAACUCCUUCGCCGAGUCCUCUAAUAACUCCUAACACGCCAAGCACCAGAAAGUUUAUUUAUAGUUCUCAGGAAGAUCUAUUGUCUAUAGAUGAAGUUGGUUCACUACCGCAAAGAAAAGAUAAUACGUUAAUAUCGAAAAUUUAUCAAGACCAUAAAGUAAGGAAUUUUGCUUUGAACACAAACAGGGAAUUUCAGCCCGACUUACAUUCCAAGCCUAGAAAAGUGUCUAGCUCGGAUGAAGAACAUUAUCAUUACAAUGAAAAAGUUACCAUACAAAAACGUAAUUUUGCCCACAAAUAUAACUCCUACGACGAUUUGUCUUCAGCUGAUAUGAGCUUCGAGGAUAAUUAUCAAAAUGGACACAACUUAUCCAUUGAUCAAAAAUCAGCUACAUUGAUGGUGAAAACAUCUUCUGCAGUUUCCAGUGUGAAUGAUGGUUAUAAUUCCGAAGAUUUGGAGAUUGAGGAAAUAGCCAGAAGACACGUGGUUCGAGAAGCUUUAGGGAAAUUUUCAAAAUCCGAAAUGGUUAUAAAUUCCAACUUCCAUCGAGGUACGUCGUUCGAAGAAGGCGACGUACGAGUGUCUGUGAGAGAUUUGAGGAAGAAGUUUGAAACUAAUGAAGUCAGUAACAAGCCAGUGGUUUCCAGCCUUACUGCUAGAAGCAUUUCCAAGAAAGUCAAAGAUUCCUUGAAACAAUAACUUUAUGGGUUUAUUGGAACAGUAUUUCAUAGUAUUUAUGUAAAAUUUUAAUUAGUACUAAGGAUUCUCUCUGAAAUUUCCAAAUUUUAUCACUCCCUAAAUGUUUUAUUCAAAAAACAACAGUUAUUAAGAGUAAUAUGUUCGAGUGUUUUUUAUGCAGCUGAAUUUAUAAAUUUUCUUAAUUUAAUAUAUUUUUCUGCAUAACUUUUACAUAAUGUAUUGAGACUGAGUUAUGUAUUACAAUAUUUCUUCUACACUUCUACUUAUAUGUAUAUACCAACAUUUUUACUAUUAUUUUUUUUUCUUUAAUAUUUUUUUUUAAUAUUAAUAUUUUGUUGUAUUAUCUUAUGCAAAUUUUAGCAUCUUUGUUUUUUUGAAAUUUAUUUUAAUUUUAUUCGAAUUGUUCAAUAAACUUUAUUCAAUGUUACCAAUUAUCAGAAUGAUAUUUUUAUUGUUUGCUUUGUGCAAUAUAUUUUUUGGAAAUCUUU